UCAAGGAACCUGCACACAUAUUAUUGGUUGGAUUUCAUGUGACGUGACGUACCAUUUAUUUUCAACGGCCAAGUACAAGUACAAACAGCCAGGGUGCGGACUGUUUCAUUUCCUGUUCGCGACGAAGACUGUCCAGACGUUUUCUUUUCGAGUAGGCGUCUGUCCGGACUGCGCACGAACCAUAUCUUAGAUUUGGAAGUAAGAAAGUUACACUCUGAUAAAAGUGCCUGACGAAAAGUCUGUGAGAUUGGUCGACGUCUGGUUUAGCUUGUUCGAAAUCUAGAAUGGAUGCCGGAAAAGGAGUGAACACAUACCUGUUGAUGGUGUUCGCCAUUCUGUUGGUUUCGUUUGUCAAGUUUCCAGUCAAAGCUCAAACUGAAGGUAGCUACGAUCUGGUUUUUGUGACCAAUGUGGAAAAUCCUCCAGGGAUUUUUGUCGCUCCGGCUGACACCUUCAACUUCACCCUCAUUCCCAGCUUUGAUGAUCAUGAACACGUUCUUCGCCCUGUUGCCAUUGACUACGACCCUGUGGACGGCAUGGUGUACUGGACGGAUGUGCAGCAUAGGAGCAUCUCUCGUGCCUUUGUGGAUGGGACUGGCUCAGUGGUUCUCUUGAGGGAUUUGAUUCAACCCGAAGGAUUAACUCUGGACGUUGAGAAUCGGGUGAUGUACUGGACUGAUGCAGGUAGUUUACUCAUUGAGCGAGCUUCUCUCGACGGGCAGGAUCGCUCUGUGCUUCUCAACCUGACAUCUUCGUCGCUUUCCGAUGAGGUGAAACCUAGACCGAUUGUUGUGGAUGUCACAAAUGGCUAUCUCUUCUGGGCGGAUUGGGGUUCCUCUCCAAAGAUUGAACGCGCAAAUACCAAUGGUGCGUCGCGGAUGGUCUUGGUGGAUACAGGACUACUAUACCCAACUGGCCUUGCAUUGGAUGAGCAGGGGGGAAGAUUGUAUUGGUGUGAUGCCGGACUAAACAUCGUCGAAUCCAUCGACUUUCUUGGUCAGAAUCGUAUCCUCCGUGCUGACUUUUCCGGCUUUCUCCUUACUCCGCUUGGCCUCGCCCUCUAUCAGGGAAAUUUGUACUGGACUGAUUACUAUUAUCAAAUAGCAAAUCUGACUCUUGGCUCACCACCAUCAAUUGCAGUCAUUUCCUUCAAUAACUUCUCGUACCCUUUUGGAAUACACAUUCACAGUGACACUUUUCUGGAUCACAGUUGCGUGGACAGCAUGCCUUGCGGGGAAGGGGAACGUUGCCGCCAGUUCCAUAACAGCUACCAGUGUGUCUGCAAGAAUGGCUUGGCAGGAAAUAACUGCCAACUGGCUAACCCAUGCGGUGGGGCAGUUUGUUCUAACGGAGGAUCGUGUCUCCUGUCUUCGAGUACAGACAAUGCGUAUUUCUGCCAGUGUCCUGAAAGAUACUUUGGGACCAACUGCGAACUAUUUGACGAUCCCUGCAUUAGUAACCCUUGCUGGAAUGGAGGGAUUUGCAUUAAUGCUACAGCAGAGUUUGCUUGUAUUUGUCCCCCUGAUUUCAUCGGAUCAUUCUGUGAAUCGCAGAGUCAUCCUUAUGACUUGGUCUUUGUGGCCAAUCUGCAACCUCCAGGGAUUUAUGUCGCGCCCACAGACACCUUCAAUUUUACUCUCAUCCCGGGUUUAGACGGUAGCCAUGACAACAUAAGUCGACCCAUCGCCAUUGACUACGAUCCAGAAGAACGCAUGGUGUAUUGGACCGAUGUCACCUUGUCGACUUUAAAUCGUGCCUUUUUAGACGGAAGUGGAGUGGAAGUUCUGUUUACGGAUCUACAGACUCCAGAUGGUUUGGCUCUUGACGUUGAGAAUCGUGUGAUGUAUUGGACGGAUACUGGCAGUGAUCUGAUUGAGAGAGCUACUUUGGAUGGUCGGGAACGAUCAGUGGUUCUCAACUUGACAAACUCUUCCCUCACAGCUGUAGAACCAAGAGGGAUUGUAGUCGACCCUGCUAACAGUCAUUUGUACUGGACAGACUGGGGUACCGCACCAAAGAUUGAACGAUCUGCCACCGACGGCUCAGGUCGUCGCGUACUCAUCGAUACAAGCCUAUGGUUGCCGAAUGGUAUAUCCCUCGAUCUGGAAGGGGGAAGGAUGUACUGGUGUGAUGCUGGUUUCGACCGCAUUGAAUACUCGGAUCUGUUGGGCCAGGGUCGGACUGUUCUUGUCGACCUCACCAGUCUUGGCAUUCAUCCAUUUGAUCUCUUCGGCUACUAUGACUUUAUCUACUGGUCUGACUGGGUCUCGCUGAGCAUUUUGCGUGUUGAGGCUUCGGGAAGGCAUGUCGGGACUCACGGCUCGGAAAGCUUUGGACGGGCUGGAGGGAUUCACAUAUUUAAAGCCAAUAUUUGCCAACAAAUGGUUUGCCAGCAUGGGGGACACUGCCAACUGAAUGCACCUCACUACACUUGCUACUGUGCUCAGGGUUAUAGCGGUCGAAACUGCGAAAACGACAACCUUCCUCCUUUUUUCACCACCGGUUGCCCGAGCAACAUACUUCGUCUUGCUGACAACAACCAGAGGUCUGUCCCCGUGUCGUGGCCCGACUUGAGAGCCUCCGAUCCCAGUACACCAUUGCUAUGGAGCUCCACUCAUCGACCCGGUGACAUUUUCUCAGUUGGAGGGGUUACCAUGGUAACAUACACAGUGACCGACCAAGCCGGCAACGCUGCUAGUUGUAACUUUACUGUGACGGUGACUGCGGUGGAUCUAGUGUGCCCAGCAAAUUUCACAGUCGAUGCGAAGCCAGGUUCCACCAGUACCGGUGUGAACUGGAUGGAACCGGUUGUAACUGGAUGGGACGGACCAACCAACUUCACCUCAAGCCUCAGUCCUGGCGUUGAACUCCAGAUAGGUAGCCAUGUUGUCAACUACCGACAGCGGUUUGAGUACGGCCUGAAUUUGAAUUGCUUGUUCUCGGUUCAGGUUAUCGGUUUUUGUCCAGCCAGCACCACAAAUGAUGCUCUUCAUGGUCGAUUGAUGUGGCUUGCAACAAGAAGAGGCAUAACAGCAGAGUCGUUCGAGAGAUGCCCGCUCAUGACAUCAAAAGCUGGGGAUCCGUUAGCUGUUCGCAACUGCUCCGUUUUAGCUCCGCCGGACUAUUUUCAAUGGGGAAACCAUGUACCUCAAAGUUGCGGAGAAGAAAGGAAUGAAGUAACUCUGGAAGACGCCACUGAUAUUGACGUCAGUCCAGGGAACGUGAAUGAAGUGGUUGAGUUUCUGGCCAAUCAGACGUCAGAGUCAACUGAAAGUGCAGAAGAUGUGGAAGCGGUCUCCACCAUUUUGAUGAAUAUUGUCGGGGCAGGAUCAGGAGAUACGGAGGUAACCGAGUUGGUGAUACAGACGGUAAGCAAUGUCAUCAUGAGCACCAGCCAGACUCCUGACUCCCAGACUCCUGAGGUCAAUGCUGGCAGCUCCUCAGCCAUCGUUCAGUCUGUUGAGGCUCAAGUUGCCUUGACUCUCAGACAAGACGGUCCGGUCAGUAUACAGCAGGACACCAUCCACGUUGAGGCAGUCAGUCUGGACCCAAUGCAGGUUACCAACGGACUCACCUUCGUGUCAGCUCCGAAGCAGCAGACCGGACAGUCUUCACCGCAGGAGGGCAGUCUUGUCGGCACUAAGGUCACGACCGUGGUGAAUGCCAGUGAGGUGCCUCAAGAUGUGAUAGCUUCAAUCCGGUUACCGGCUAACAUUGUCGACUUGAUACAGGCCGGCAAUGCAAAUGGUUCCCAGCCGCUGCGGGCGAGUUUCAUUGUCUACGCUGAUGACACCUUGUUCAAGUCAGCUCUGAUCAAAGGCUCCCCAGGGAAGAACGGCUCCAGCCUCCGGGUUGCUGGGUCCGUCGUCUCACUGACUGUGGAAGACGUUGAGUUGGUCAACCUCACCGAACCAGUGGUCAUCCAAUUCAAGGCACCGGCCAUUAAUGAAACGGAGCAAAAUAGAACCAUCAAGUGUGUCUUCUGGGAUUUCGAUCUGAAUGACAGAGUCGGCGAUUGGUCAACAGCGGGUUGCUUGCUGGCAAGAGAGACAAACGAUACAGUGUCCUGUAACUGCAGCCAUGCAACCAACUUUGCCAUUCUCGUGAAUGUCCAUGGACAGAAGGAAACAAGUAAAGUAUUCCGGGAUGUUUUGAAUAUCAUAACCAACGUCGGUUGUGCCAUCUCCAUCAUUGCACUGGUCAUCACCUUGACUGUGUAUCUUGCUGUCAAGAAACUGCGAACUGGCAAAUCUCGUCAGAUCUUCAUCCACUUGUUCUUCGCCUGGCUGAUAUUGUACAUCGUGUUCCUUGCCGGCGUCGACAACGCAAAGGGUACUGGAGGUGGUUGUGUGUUCGUUGCAGCUUUACUCCACUACUUUGUCUUAUGCACUUUGAUGUGGACGGCUGUUGAAGCCAGGAACAUGUAUGUCAGUGCGGUGAAGGUGUUCCCAGAAGACACGCCUCACUACAUGCUCAAGGCUUGCCUCAUCGCUUGGGGAUCUCCACUGAUUGUUCUGACGAUCACCUUGGCUGCAGCAACUGAUCACUACAGAAACGAGGAUUACUGCUUCCUUGAGCCUGAUCUUGUGCUGUUCCUCGGCCUCCUUGCUCCCAUUGGUCUCAUCCUCAUCCACAACAUCCUCACCUUCAUCUUGGUCAUGCGCAGCAUCCUGAAGGUCAAGGAGGAAUCUCGCUCCCAGCAGAUCUCCAAACGCCUCCAGAAUGCUGUGGGAAUCUCCACCCUCAUGGGGUUGACCUGGAGUUUUGGGUUCCUGGUUGUCAUCGACGGAUCGCAAGCCUUCCAGCUCAUCUUCUGUCUGGCCAACUCCUUUCAGGGCCUGAUUGUCUUCAUCAUGUUUUGCGUGCGACGUGAAGAGGUCCGCACCGCCCUCGCACCGUACAUGAAGCGCCUCUGCUGUGGUCGCACCUGUGACAUACAGGUGCCUUGGAAAAAGGAUAGGUCAUACGACCUGCCCAUAUUGUCUGAAUCCGUGCCGAGUUCACAAUCGACAGCCCACACUGCUGAAGUUGACAUGUCAGUGUCAGGACCGUAUUAGUGAGAGGCAGGCUUCAAUACUCGCUGUCUGAAGCAUCAAUCUUUAAAGUCUACUUAUGGAAUACUUAUUACCUUAUCAUGCACAACAUUACUGGACCGAGCUCUGUCUAAUGUGGUUUUCUUAGUAUAGGUAUUUCUCUAGCACUUAACUGGUUCGUCACUCGUCACUCAGUUUCUGAUGUGAGGCAGGUGGCUCUGGACAAUGAUGCACAUACAUUGGGGAUAGCCUGACUGUAUGAUUAUGGAGCUAUAAAAAAGGCUCCAUGGUACGAUCAAGGACAAACCAUGCA